UUCGUUAUCAUUUAUGGUGUGUUUAGGUUUUUGAAUCAAUUUCUCAAAGUUUGGAAUUUCAAAACGAUGGAAGCUACCACAGUAUCGGCACUGUUGCAAAUUCCUAGCAGCAAUCCGGUAUCGUAUUGUCGUCUUUGUCUAUCAAGCUCGUCAGUAGAGCCUUUGUAUCCGAAUUCUCCAAAGCAAGACUUGAUAGACCUAAUUGCAAAAUCUGUGCAGGUACUCAUAAUUGAGGAGGAUCUUCCAUGUGCAGUCUGUCAGAAUUGUCGUUUGAAACUUGAGGACUUUGAGCGAUUUCGUGAUCAGUGCCAGAAACUGGAUGACUUUGUCCGAACUAGAAGAAGGGAGUUAGCUUUAUUACAGGAGACAGUCGUCGUACAACAAGUGGGAGAUUCGGCUAGUAUGGUCGUGUCAGAAGAAAUUGCUAUAAAAGCAGAUCCAGAAGCUCUACUUGGUGAAGAGGAUAGCUUGCCAUAUGUCUUAACGGAGGAUAGCUGGCAUAGAUGUAAGUUUUGCUCAGAAGCUUUUCAAAGUUUAUCUGUACUGCUCGAACAUUUCCGCAUGCGUCAUCCGGAUGAAUCUAAAAUGUACAAAUGUCCGCAUUGUGCACAAACUUAUUCCAUAGAAAUUAGUGGAUCAACCAGUCCAGCUUAUAAAUGUGACGAGUGCGAUGCUGGUUUUGGUCACAGAGUCGGGUUAACACGACAUAAAGAUCGCUACCACGAUAAAUCCUCGCCAAACUAUUCUACCGAAAGAUUCAAAUGCGAUCACUGUAGUAGUGUAUUUGCUGAUUCUAAGCAGCGUUCCAAACACCAGAUGCAGACACAUAUGAGCAUUUCCGGUGGAACAAAAAUUUCGGCUCAGGUUGAUGGCAUACAUGUGUGUGAGAAAUGCGCCGUUACAUUCUCACCAUACCAAGCUCUUCUAGUACAUAUUCAGGAGCAUCACUGGAAUGACCCACCACAGGAGACGUUCAGUUGUUCAGUUUGCUCGAAACCGUUUGACAAACGUCGCCUGUUGCAGUAUCACAUCUUAGUAGCUCACUUGGGACAAAUUCCGUACGCUUGCAACCAUUGUGGAGAAUGGUUUCGAACAAAAUCCCACCUUAAGCAGCACAAAGCUAUGUUCCACGAACGCGCUACAGGAGACGUUAGUCGGUGUGAAUUUUGCGGGCAAACUUUUGAGGAAGAACCAAAAGAUCAAAUAUCGUAAUAUGGGCCAUAUUCAAUUAAUUGAGAGUAACUGUACCUUUACAUUAACCUGCUAAAAAGUUGCCAACUAAUAGCGAGUUUGAUUUAUAGUCGCUAUGUAUAUAUUAAUAUAUAAUGACUGUAGUUUUAUUUUGUAAACAUUUUCACGGGUUUCCCCUGAAAGGUUAAAAGAUAGAGGUGAAAUAAUUCAAAUCUGUUCUUUUCCGGCACUUAAAAUUAAUUCUUUUA